CGGGGGAAUCGCCUCCUGACAAAAGUGACAUGCCUGAUUUUGUGGUUGUCAGGGCAGUCCAUAGAGCAAGUACACCUUCCUCACUUCGCAGAAAGGUUUUGUUUUCGACUACUUCACAUAAAUCACCGCAAUUCAGUAACCUUGUGAGUUCAAUAAACAGCACAGGCAGAGAAUUAAAAUGAAAUUUUCGGUGGGGUCAACUAAUAACAAAGUUUGACAUUUGGCACGUACAUGUACUGUAAAUUUGCACAAGGUUCUAAGUGCUGAAAAUUUAGCAAGACUGCCGACCUAUAGAUCAUGCAGUAUUUACACGCAAUACUACACUGAAGGGUUGCGCACAGUACACUGUGUGUGUAUAGUGCCUGUAUGUCCCCUUGAAAUAUCCAGCUAAGAUUAAGUUUGACCUGUGGGUGAACUUGGUUCAUUAAUACCCAUGGCUCGGUCCUGGCUUCUGAUUGGCUGGUUGAGACUUAAGCCGGCAGGCCGGGGUAACCCUCACCGGGCGCCUUGCCAACUGGCCCAUUCAUCAAGUUCAGUUUCAAGGCCCUGUAGUGUAUGCACACAAUGCGGGAUAGGGGUCAUGAGGGGCUCUCCAAAACUGCUGAGCGAGGAUCGUAAAAAUACCGGUUCCGACCGGUGCAGGAAAUCUGCACACAAAUUAUACAGUACAAAUUACCAGUCCUGGCUGCCAAAGCAUUUUGGAACUACAUGUACCAGCGUCCCAAGCACGAACACAUUUUGGAAAGGUUUCUCUACAACUGCCACCAUGGAGCGGGACACAUCGCCGGAUUCUAGAAUUCAACCUUCUCAGAUGAUGGCCGGCGGAUUUGUGGAGCAGUCCGGUGAUGGACCCAUCUCGGCGGAUUUCUUGUUGCCAUACCAACCGACAGAUUGGAUGUCCGAUCUACAGCACAUUCCCAAAUUUAAAAUUCAGCUCAUUCAUGGAGUCACUCCCAUCCAAAGAUGGUAUCUUCCCAAUGUCCCUCCAGACUUUGAAAUCCACAUCAAGCGAGAUGAUAUGACGGGAAGUGAGCUCUCGGGAAACAAGGCACGUAAAUUGGAGUUCCUUCUGGCUGAUGCCAUCCACCAAGGCUGUACUGCAGUCAUCACGUGCGGAUCCACACAAUCCAACCACUGCCGGGCCACAGCGGUGGCCACUAGACAAGUGGGUCUGGAACCCCACCUCCUGCUCAGGUCACCAGUCUCAGAUCCAACAGAGGUGACGUGCAGCGCCAACAUGCUCCUGAAUCGCCUGAUCGGGGCCCACGUCCAUCUCAUGCCCAGGAAAGCGCAGUUUGCGACGGACAUCAAGCCCAGGCUUGAUCAACUUGUUCAGAAAAUCAAAGAGGAAACCGGGGAGAGUGCCUACCCGAUCCCCAUCGGCGGGUCUACUGCCGUGGGACUGUUUGGCUACUUGCACGGCUUUGAUGAACUACAGCGGCAGGGUGUGACGGAAAAAUUCACAGAUAUAGUCAUAGCUUGCGGCAGCAAUGGCUCUACAUUGGGUCUGGCGCUGGCCAACUAUCUCACCGGCUCCAAGCUAAAGGUGCACGGCAUGAUCGUCUCUGACGAUUCCAAGUUUCACUUCAAGGGGAUGAACGAGGUCUUGCGGGAGGUGGACGCUAAGGACAGCAACGGCAAGGCUCUACAGGCUGAAGACAUCGUCAACCUGGUGGAUGGGGUCAAGGGGCGGGGCUACGGAUUGUCCACGCAGGAGGAGCUAGACAUGGUAGCUGAGAUUUGUGCCAAGACGGGGAUCAUUAUCGACCCAGUCUACACAGGAAAGAGCGUGUAUCACCUUCUGCGACUGACCAGAGAAGAACCAGACAUGUUCAAGGGAAACAAGAUACUCUUUGUGCACACAGGAGGCAUCUUUGGACUUUUCGAUGGCCGCAUGGACGAGACGGUCCGAAGAAUCGGACUGGAACAGAACAGAUUUCACGAAUGGAUGGAACUGGCCGACCAAGCUCCCGAUAUGAACCUGUAAAAAACCUGGCUAUAGCGCCCUCUAUUGACUGAGUUGUGCCAGGCACUUCCGGCUAUAGUGCCCUCUAUUGACUGAGUUGUGCCAGGCACUUCCUUCACACUCACGACUUCCCAUAUAUGGCUCUCGAUCCCGUCAAAUUUCAGGAGUGGUCGGAAUCCGGCUUGCCAGCCCCUGGUCUGAAAGGGUAAUAGCGCCCUCUGUUGGUUGGAUUGUACCAAUCAUCACCCCAUCCGUGCUGUAACCGUUGAUUGACAAUAAUUUAAAAUGCUGACUUGUGUCCGUCAAUGCUAUUAAUCGUCCAAGCGAUGCACACAGCGCCCUCUAUUGAUUUGUUUCUUACAAUCGGCCUCCGGUAGGCCUAGGGUAUUUCUCUUGUGCUAAUACAAUCCAGCCCUCUUUCUGAAGCUCCGCCCACUAUAGGGGUAUAAGAAUAUUGCAAACAGUCAAGCCACAUUUCUUUUUUUUUCAUAUUAACAGGUCUUCCCACAUUUUGUAUAUAUUUUCGAUACGAGCAUACAAAUUUAGCCCUUUUUUCUAAAGUUUCAUUUUGUUAGCACACUAAAUUCAGUUUAUUUGCAUUUUUGCCUAUCGUUUUAUAUCAAUCUCUAGGUACUGUAUUUGUAUCGAAACUUGGCCACUAAAAAGCAACCCAUUUGUGACCCGCUCUGCAAAAAUGAGUCUGAUGUCGCAUAAUUUGAAUUCAAGCUUUUGCCAUUUUGAAAUGGAAACAGUAAAAAUUUGCUC